CCACCCUGUCUGGUCUGUGAGGCAGGUGGAGGAAAGCACUUGCGCUUGAGGGAUUCCUGCAGCUUGGGAUCAUGCUCCCUCUGUGGGGGUGUUGUGGGGUCACAGUCCCACAGCGGGACUCUUAUCCCUCCUUUAUUUCAUGUGUGUAGGUGUGAUAGUUACUUCAGGGAUCCCUCCCCCUAUUUCUCUGCCCCCUGAAAAUCAUGGAUGACAUUGAGUUUGACCUGCCCCUCCAAUGCCUGAGGCAGCAAGGGGGAGGGGCACGCUCCAAUAGCGACCGUUGCUCCGUUUGAAUUAUCCCGCCCUUUUUUGAGGCUGGAAAGAGCGCGCGACUCCCCCCCAUGAAGAAAGCUGGUGGCUCCGCCCCUCCCCCUCCUCUGAGGCGGCAACUUCUGCCUCCAUCAGGGGAAUAGGUGCCCUGGUUUAAAGGAGUGGGCUGGGCAGGGGGGACCGGGAGAGGAGAUCCAGAAGCAAAUCAGUCUCUCCCAUUGUUUGGGUGGGGAAUAAGUGUUGGGGCUAGCUCAGAUGAGGUGGUGAAAUAGCAUCAGAAGGCAUGCUUUCCUUCCAAAAGGAGGCUUGCUUGUGGCUUUCAAAUGAAGCCAGCUCCUGUGGAGAAACAGAUCAGCUGGUGAGCAUAAGUGAGAGCCAGUCUUCCAAGCCCAAAGAGGAUGGGAUAUCCACAGAAUUGUCGAUGGUUGUAUCACCAGGAAUGUCAUGGAACAGCCUUGUCCUCAGCACCAAGAGCAGCAUUCUGAGCGGAGGUGGUUGCUCAGAGGAGCAUGUACUCAACUGCACUUUUGAGGCCUGUGAUCCGGAACAAACAGGAAAGGUACCUGUUUUCCGGAUUAUAGAGUACUUGCAGGCCAUGACGGGUCAAAGCUGUGAGGAAGGGAGACUGCAAUCUCUUUAUAAGAUGCUGGACCCGGAAGAAAGGGGAGUUGCUGUGGAUCUGCCAACCUUCCAUGCUGUCAUGAAGGAUUGGAUCUCAGACUGUCGACGGGAUGGGGGAUUAGAGUGCACCAAAGAGCAAGACAAGUUUGUGGACGAUAUUUGCCUGUUACCAUCUGGGAAAAAGAGGAAGGCAGCAGGUAAUGCUGCUCAGUUAGAGGGCUAUGGUGGGGACUUCAACACCAGCAACUUGGAAGAGGCCGUGGCUCUUGCAAGCAUUAUUGAAGACCUAGAGUGUAGCAACAAGAAGCUGGCUGUGCAGAAUGCCAAGUUGCAGAGGACCAUUGAGUCAGCUGAGGAGAUCAAUUCCUGGCUUACUGAAGAGAUCUCUGAGCUGAAGGGCCGGCUAAGAGGUAUGCAGCAGGCACUGGAACAAGCCAAGUACAUAGCUAAUGAGCUAGAAGACCUGAAGGCUAUUGAAAAAAGGCUAGAAGAGGAAAAUGUCAGACUUCACACCCAAGCCCAGCAGCUGGAAAAGGAACAGCAGUGUCUCUCUGUACAAGUGGAUGACCUUCAAGAGGAGAACAGAAAGCUCAUCACAGAGAGAGAGGGAAAGAGACAGAAAAUUGAAGUGCUGGUCACUGAGAAAGCUGAGCUGAAGUCUCAGCUUUGCGAAUACGAACGUGUCAUCUCCUGCAAAGAUGCUGCCCUUACUGAGAAAACCAACUGGGCUGAGGAGCUAGCAGCAACUGUGGAAGAGUACAGGAUGGUGGUGCAGGAGCAGAGGCUGGAAAUAAAUAGGCUGCAGGACCACCUGUGCCACACCUACAAUGACUCGGCUGUGCUGCCAACAGAGUUUCUGGAUGAAGUGAAAGCCAGUGUCAAGGGUCAUGCAAAUUGGAUCCCUGUACAGCCUCUCUGCGUGGAGAUAGAGGAAAUUCAACAGCGGACAGGGACUGAUGAACCUUACCUUCCCAGCCCACUGUGUGGAAUGCUGCAAAGCUCAGGAGCUCAUGUGUUGGCCCUGUCACCUGUCAAGAAGAGCACAGAGAUGGACCCAGUAGAUUCCAUGGCCAUAGCAGAGGAACAGAUGUUGGCUCCACAAAUUCAGAGGCAUGUGUGCAUGCAUGCACGUGUGUUAGUCUCUUUCACUCCACCCCACCAGGACCUAGAAGAAGCCAAAGGCACCAAAGCAAAGCUGCUGGGAACCCUUAGCUUGCCUCAGUGGAGCACCCUGGGGGAAGCCAAACUACAGUCUCAUGAAGAUCAGCAGCAACUGACCCCAGAGGGGUCUGACAGCAGAGAAGAGAGAAGAGAACAGAUCUUCCCAGCAAGGGAAGAAUCUCAUAAGCAUGGUGGGGAGAAACAAGUUGAACUAGCCCAGGGGACCAGAAAAGAGAAGUGCCCUCCAGAGGCCUAUGUACUUCCUUACCCUGAGCAGGUGGUAAACAGCAACUGUCAGGAAGUUGGGCAUGCUGAAACCAUUGUGUCCAGGCCAGUUGAGAGUAAGCCUGGAACAGCCCUAGAGGACUAUGCACGAGUACAGAAUCUACUUGGUCCCAGCAGACAGACAGAGCCAUGGAACUGCUGGUUGGGAGUAUUAGCUCUAUGGCUUCUCUCUGCCCUGGGUGCCUUGCUGGUUCACCCAUGGGCCCAUCUUCCCCACAGAUGCCUGCUUCUGGGCCUGCUCUCCAUCCUCUUUCUGCUGCCAGUGCUGUUCUGCCUUGGGCCACCAUACAGGCAGCACCUUGCCUGGACCAUGCCCAGAGGGGCAGCAUGGCCGUACCUCCAGCUGCGGUACCUGGGACCCCCACCAACAUGAUCCCUCCCCAGACAGAAGCAGGAAAGCUGGGGCAGACACCAGGAGCACCCAGACUUACUUACAAACAUAAUAAACACGAAAAUGCAUUCAAAGCAGGGUCUGCCUGAGACUACCUAGGCAAGGGCUCAGUCUCUCCUCUAUUGUCUCAGACCAGGCCCCCCGCCCCCACUCCCACAGGCCUCUGCAGAUCCCAAAUUGCAAAUCCAACAACUCUAAAGUGUCUGCAGCAGAAUAAUAUAUAGUAGAUAUAAGGCUGUUUUACCAGAUCCCAGGAACCAACCAGAAGUGAAUACAGGCAGCUGAAAACUAACCUAUCCCCAAAAGAGAAUCUGACCCCUUUUCAGCAGUAAGACUCCCUCUCAGCCAGCUACUCCUCUCCCCUAGAGACUGGUCUAUCAAACAGGCAACAACAAAUUUAAAUGCCCCAUUCUCAUGGCCUGCUUGCUGCAGACCCCUCAUGGCAGCUCUUGGGUGGUUCAAAAGCCAGCUGUAGAGCACAAAAGUUCCUAGCUUCUAAGACGCUGAACCUCCAAACACCAAAAUUAGUGUUAAAAACCAGCUGUGAAGGCCCCAAAACACAUUGGGGGCUGCAAAGCAAAGCGAUGCACAGUGAGAGGUGAUUGGACCUGUCACACCUCUCCGACAGAUGUUAAUGUUUCACCAGAUGAUUUAAUAUGCACACCACUCCGCCUAUAAUGUAUGGUAGCUCCCCACAGACUUCCUUAUUAGUAAGAAGCCUGGCUCUUUUAAGAACCAAGGAAGGCAUCACUUGGGUAUGUGAAUCAACCUCAUGCUGGGAUCUAGUGCUAGGAAACAAGGCACAUCUCUGGCUCUGACCAUGAGAAGAUCCAUGGCCCACUCUGUGCUUCAUUAUCCCUGUCUAUAAAAUAGGGACUGUGCAUUUAGCCUCGCAGCAAAACUAGAUGGGACAGAGACAAAAAUAACAAAAAUCACUCUACAAACAAGUGGGGAAGGGGGGAGAGAGGCAGAGGAUAUAUUGGAACCCAGGGAAGGUGGAAGCCGUUGAAAUCUCCAUCCCAAGAGGUUUCCUCAAAGAAGCUGGGGAGGCAACUGUCCAGAGUGGAGCAGCAAAUCUUACAUCUCUGCUGGGGACCAGACAAGACAACCCCUGAAGUCCCUUCCAAACCACCAUUUCUACAAUGACCAAGGACAUCGCUGUAGGAACAAAUGGAUCUAAACUGGCUGUGAAUAAACUGAAAGUACAUCUUCAAAGAAGGUUUUUAAUACAUCAGACUCUGGAAUAGAUUCCCAGCAGGGGGGGUACUGCCACCUACCCUGGAGAUCUUCAAAAGGAAACUGGAUGCACACCUUGCUGGGGUUAUUUGACCCCAGCAGUCUUUCCUGCCCAGAGCACAGGGGGCCAGACCUGAUGAUCUCAUGAAGUCCCUUCCAGGCCUAAACUUCUGUGAAUUUGAGUGAUGGCCUGGAACAGCUUCCCCCCAGCGAGCAGCGGUGACAGGAACAGAAUUUGUUUUUAGGAUGGAGCACAGUAAAUUUGCAGCUGGGACAAUGGGAAACAGUUCUCUGCAGUAACGAGACUGGACUUAGUUCAGGACCUGGUGGUCUUUGGUUACUAGAGGCCAUCAACUACAUACCCCCAUUGCUAACCACUGAAACAGCUCUAUCUAGAACAGAGGCCGACAGGACAAUGCAUGCCACAGCAAGGGAAUCUGGGGUUACUUACCUGUACACCCUUUACUUCCUCCACCCAAAAAACUCUACCACCCAGAACUGUGGAUAAUGCACCUUGAGGACCCCAAGGCAGGGUUUGAACUACUGGUUUCACCUGCCCCUGCCUUCUCCCCACAACGAAUCAAGCCAAGCCACUGCAGCACAGGUAUAUCCCACACACAGUGGAUUCUGCAGCUCAAGGCACACAGGUUUGGAAGGCGCAGACGGACCAGAUGGUGGCGUGGCUGGGGUUAACUUCUUCACAGGUUUAUUCGAGGAUCCCACCUGGGACAGCAGGACAGAAAUGUUGUUUCAGGCGAUGUGGAUCUCAACGUCAAGAGAGGAUAAGGGAGACCUGGAACCAGAUCUCCUGCACCGCUACGCCAUUUCCAAAUUCAACAGGACCGCCUCCUCUCGAGAUGUGAGCCGAUUUCUCCCUAGGAAGAGCCCAUAUGCUCUGACAGGAGUAGAGAGGAGGACUCUAACCUUCCACCCUGCUCAUGAAGAGGGAUUUUGCCUCUCUUUCUAAAGGCCAUGCAGUUCUCUGCAGAGAAACCCCUUGCCAAUGGAAGAGGCUGUCAACACAAGACAAGACAAUGCCCUUCUGGGUAGUAACUGCCCUUUACAAAAAACAUCUCUGCUCACUUUGGAUAACAAUUUAGUAUGCAGGCAACCAAAGGGCCAACUCCUUGCCUUCCCCUGAUCGAUGGGAGCAGCAAAAAGCAUGCCAAGCACAAUAAGUGCUUCCUCUUGAAACCUUAAAAAGCCCACCCAAAACCUGCUUCCCCAGCUCCAGAUAGAGGAAUCUGACAGAACUUAUCUACCCAAAGGGGACCACAGAGUUCAGGGAGGGCUAUUAAACAGGAUAAAGAGCGGGAGUGAGAGAGUCUACUAUGUCGGAAGCAUGUCAUCUGUGUCCAAGUGGAUUAUGAGCAGGCAAGGACAAAUUACAGCCCUUGGACCCAUCAGAUGUCACUGCCUUGUUUUCUGUCUGGAGCUGUUCUAGGCAGUGCCUCCUUUGCAUGUCAGACAGGUCAGCAAAGUGGAUUGGAGUUUCUGGGCCAGGUAGGAUUCAACCCAACCUCAGGUGCCAGGCAAAGUAGGGAGACAUUUCCAAGUUUUUAAACUUGCUGUGAGUUGGAGUUUCGGGGCACAGGGUGAACGGAGCCACAACACAAAGCAAACAGUCAUGUGCCUAGUCUCUGCUGCGUUCUCCGUCCAGCUGCUCCAAACUCAACCCACCAUCUCCGCUGCCAUCAUUUGUAUGCCAAGGGGACCCAAGAGAAGAGGGA